AUGGCCACUACAAAUGCAGAAGACCAGCGCAAGGCAGCAGAGCUACAAGCGAGACUAGCAAAUGCUGGUGACAAAGCGACGACUUCGUCCAACGACUUUGCUCGAGUUCCAAACGUAUCGAUUGAUGCAGGUGCCCACAAGUACGUGCUGAUUAGCGCUUGUCUCCCAGGAGGGAACAUCCGUGAAAACUUUGUUGUUAGUCGUAGGGGGGCUGAGUACCAUCGAGAUGCAGCAGAGCCGUUCAUUGAAAUACUGGAGCGGAACAAUUACAGUUCGAUUCGGAUACUUGGAGGUGGACGUAUUGCCUUAGAUAUUGCGAAUAAGACGUGUUCCAUUUACGGAUACAGUUAUGGAUUCGGACUCGCGGAUCAUGCCAUGAGCAAAGCAGUAGUCGAAAGAGAUGAUCGAUAUAACGACUAUGAUAUUACUUGGAGCAAUGAGGGGUACUAG